CCAACCGGAGAUGGACGCUUAAAAAUUCUGUCCGGUGUUUGGUCUGUUUUUGGUGCUAAUUUGUUGGGAUUUUUAUUCCUGUCACUUGAAUUUUGGACAACAUACGUUCGUGAGUGUCUGGGAUACCUUUUAUAUUAUAUUCUGUGAAUUAUAUACCCCGAAAAUGCAAAGGAGAGGAAGAUCAAAUAGUACAAAGAAAACGGCUGAUAAGAGUUCACCUAUGGGGGCAGGCAAGACUAUUGAUACGAACUCACUACAAAGCGAAAGCCUUCCAGAGUCGGUCCCGUUAGAUAGUGAAAAGGGCAGUGUAGCGAGAUCACGGUCUGCUAAUAACAAAACUGACGAUCAUGACGCUGAAGAACACAGCCUAAAUGCACAGCUUAAGUAUGUCUGUGAACAAGCAGAAUGUAAUUAUAAUGAAAUAUCUACACUUAGGUCAGAAAACGCCUACUUGCGCAGAGAGGUAGAGCUGCUGCGAUCAGUGGUUAUCAGGAUUGACAGAAAAAUGUCUGUGAUGGACAAUGAAAUCACUGAUUUGCGAGCUAGGUCUAUGCGUGACAAUAUUUUAAUACAUAACUAUCCAUAUUCCCAUAAUGAAGAUCUUGCUUCUACUAUGCCAGAAAUUUUUAAGCAAACACUAGGGGUAGACGUCAAAUUCGUUAGAAUUCAUAGAAACGGAGUUCGUCCUCAGCACUCGGAUCGACCAGUGUCUAUCACGGCCAAGCUGAUGGACGGUAAGAAAAAAGACGAAAUUCUCAGCGCCCAGAAAAUUAAAAAAAUAGCGAAGGUUCCCUUGCCGUUUUACAUUACCCCACAAUAACCUCUGUCCAUUGUUUCUGCCAGAAAUAAACUUUUUGACAAAUCAGAUUCUUUCAAAAAACAGAACAUUACUGUGAAAAUGUCAAGAAAUAGCCUCACUUUACCAAAUGGCGAUAAAUAUAGCGAGGAAGUUCCGCUGCUCACCAGUGCAGAUGUUUUACAAAUCGAAUCGUCUGAAACACAGAAAUUAGAUGACAUUCCUACAAAAAGCGUAGAUCCUGUACGAAAAAAUGGAUCUGAAUUCUUUGCCAUUGGAUCUGAGGUAGACUCGGUGGAAAGUGUUCAAAACUUCUACAAGAAGGCCUGCAUCGACCCCUAUGUCGCCAGUGUCGACAGCAGAAUUUUAGUUUAUAGAUUCCGAGAAAACGAUAAAGUGACUGAAAACUAUCAUGAUGAUGGUGAACAUGGAGCGGGUCGACGCCUCCUUAAAUUCAUGCAGGACAACCAAAUCUUCAACGCGGCUAUCAUUGUGACGAGAUGGAUGGGGGAUCAUAUUGGACCCGAGCGUUUUACCAUCAUGGAGAACCUCCUGAACGAUGUUGCGAAUCUACUAUAGGAACAAUAAAAAAAACUAUGUGAGUGAACUAAAGUGUGAAUAGGGACUUUCUCUAAUUCAUAACAUCAAUAUAUU